AUGGAAGAAAGUCAGGGUGUGGGUGCUGAGAAGGCACUCCUGCUGCUGGACACCAAGUCCUUCCCGCACCUGAAUGAGGUGGGCAGUGGGACAGCCCUGGUGGUGCAGGGCCCUGGGUGGACCCAUGUGGAGCACAGAGACCUGCCGGAGACCGCCUGUCUCUGCUGGAGAAGAGUCCUGUGCAUCUUUUUCCUGCCCUUUGUUUCAUCAGGUUUUGCUCCUCGGGUGAAAAACAGAGAUAACUUUAUAUUUGAAAAUGACCAGCUGAACCCAAACCAGCACAGGUUUAACUGGUUGCAUCUGACCCCUCUUGAGCUGAAGAACCGCUCCAUGGGGCUUCAGACUGAAGAGAGAGCCGGGAGGAACCCAUAUUUCACGCUGGAGGGUCACAAGUUUGUCAUCUUCGGGGGCUCCAUCCAUUACUUCCGGGUGCCCAGGGACUACUGGAGGGACCGGCUGCUCAAACUAAGGGCCUGUGGCUUCAACACCGUCACCACCUAUGUUCCGUGGAACCUCCAUGAGCCAGAAAGAGGCAAAUUCGACUUCUCUGGGAACCUGGACCUGGAGGCCUUCAUCCAGUUGGCUGCGAAGGUUGGGCUGUGGGUGAUCCUGCGUCCGGGCCCCUACAUCUGCAGUGAGAUCGACCUCGGGGGCCUGCCCAGCUGGUUACUUCAAGACCCCACGUUGCAGCUGAGGACCACCAACCACAGCUUUGUGGAGGCUGUUAACAAGUACUUCGAUCACCUGAUUGCCAGAGUGGUUCCGCUGCAGUACCACGAGGGAGGGCCCAUCAUCGCGGUGCAGGUGGAGAACGAGUAUGGCUCCUUCUACAAGGACAAGGCUUACAUGCCCUACCUUCACCAGGCCCUGCUGAAGAGAGGGAUUGUGGAGCUGCUCUUGACCUCAGAUAGCACGGAUGAAGUGCUGAAAGGCCACAUAAAAGGAGUGCUGGCCACCAUCAACAUGAAAACUUUUAAGAAGGACUCUUUGAAACAUCUUUAUAGUGUGCAGAGCAAUAAGCCCAUUCUGAUCAUGGAAUACUGGGUUGGCUGGUUUGACACCUGGGGAAAUAAACACAUGGUGAGAGAUGCAGAUGAGGUUAAAAGCAAUGUGUCUGAAUUUAUCAGACUGGGCAUCUCCUUCAAUGUGUACAUGUUCCAUGGGGGAACCAACUUCGGUUUCAUGAAUGGGGCCACGGAUUUUGAACGGCACAGAGGUGUUGUCACGAGCUAUGACUACGAUGCGCUGCUGACAGAGGCUGGGGACUACACAGACAAGUACUUCAAGCUCCGAGAACUCUUUAAAUCCAUCCUUGCCACCCCCCUGCCCCUCUUACCGGAACCCACACCGAAGACUGUGUACCCCUCUGUGAAGGCAUCCCUUUACUUGCCACUGUGGGAUGCCCUGCAGUACUUGAAUAGGCCGGUCAGGUCUAGCAUUCCACUCAACAUGGAGAACCUGCCCAUCAACGAUGGCAAUGGCCAGUCCUAUGGGCUCGCGCUGUAUGAGACGACCGUCUGCUCCGGGGGCCGGCUGCACGCCAAUGUGCGGGAUGUCGCUCAGGUGUUUUUGAAUGAGACAAGUUUAGGAAUUCUGUCUGAUGGUUUUCAGAACAUAGACAUUCCUAAAAUCAUGGAAUGUCAGCUUUUGAGGAUCCUGGUAGAGAAUCAAGGACGAGUCAAUUUUUCAUGGAAAAUUCAAAAUCAGCAGAAAGGAUUAAUCGGACCUGUUACUCUGAAUAACGUUCUCCUGCAGAGUUUCACUAUCUAUUCUCUGGAACUGAAAAUGAGCUUCUUUGAGAGGCUCCGCUCUGCCUCCUGGAGGCCUGUCCCCAGUCAUUCCUUGGGCCCUGCCUUCUACCUGGGCACCUUGAAGGCUGGCUCUUCUCCCCAGGACACCUUCCUGACACUCCCGGACUGGAAUUAUGGAUUUGUGUUUGUCAAUGGACGUAACCUUGGGCGAUACUGGAUUAUUGGACCUCAGAAAACACUUUACCUUCCUGGUGCCUGGCUCCAGCCAGAGGACAAUGAGAUCAUACUGUUUGAGAAGAAGAAGAGUGGGUCACACAUCUACACCACAGACAACCCCAGCUGGUAG